UUAAUCAGAAAGCGACCGUGGAUACCGAUCGGAUCUACAUAACGGGUCAUAUUUCACCUGUGGAUUAGGACCCAUUGGCCUUCUUUCGCUCCUAGAUCGGGCAGAAGCGCAGAAAAAUGCUUCGAGUGUUCAGCAUUUGUUGUUGAGUCGCGCGCCGAGCAGUACGCCGCGCUGCGCCUGCGCAACACGACCCGCAGCGGAUCCGCGCUUCCGACGGUUAAUCGAAUGUUCCUUUUUUAAACAUUAAAGAAAAAUCUUACGAAAGUGCUGGUAUGAGUGAAGUGAAGGACAAACAGUUUGUUUUGGAUCCGUGACCGUGUUAACUGGAUUGUGCUUUUGUUAGAUUAUGGCGGCAGAAGACAGCUAAACAGAAAUAGGAAAUUAAACGCAACGGAAACAUCAUGGCUGAAAAGGAAGUGUGACUGAAGAUUUACGUUAAUAAAGAUGGCGCCACUGGUCUUUCUCAUAUUGGCGCUUGGCCUGGCGCGAGUUUCCACGGCCGGCGCAGAGAUGGCGCUCACAAACAUUACGAGAUUUAAUUUCGGCGGAGGAGAUCUUUUCUCCAUUCCUGGCACUGAAUGCGGCAUGACGCGGUGCAUGGAGGUGUCCCACGGGACGGCGCUGUCCGCGAUGGGGGCCGGGGACUGCGUGUGUCAGUGCCACGGAGACACCCCCGCCUUCAGGGAGGACCAGCGCGUCUGUGUCAACCAUAUUGAUGAAUGUCAAAUGGCGAGUUUCGGAGGUGCAACAAAACCACAAAUACCAUUUGUCUUUCUUCCUUUGAAGGGACAAAUAAUUUACCCAUCAAAGGAAAUCAUUUUUACUGAUGUUGACGAAGCCAUGUGCGUAGUAACAAGCGCACAAUACUUGACGACCACCGGGUGGAUGACCCUGCGUGACGUCAUCGAUAAUGACGUGCCCUUUGGCCUUUACAGAGACGAGGGGAAAACGUUUUUGCAGUGGCGCGGCUCUGCAGCUCUGCACUCGCGGCUGGAGGGGCGGCUGGUGGCGGCGCACGUGCUGUGCUCCGCGCACUCCCCCCCGCGCCUCGCCUCCUCUUGCGCUGCCUUCCGGGUCGCCGGGACAUCGAGGAAUGCUCUGCUUGAUGUGCGCUCGAUCCCAUUCCACGCGGGAGAGAUCGUGUCAUCCGAGCUGUCGUCACAGAACCAGGGGCUGAGCGUGUUGGAGUGCCUCGCCAUUGGAGUAUGCGUCCUUAUGCUCAUCUUCGUGUAUGCAGCGGGCAUCGUCUUCUACAUACACUACAAGCAACGACAGAGGAGGAAAGACAAAGACCCUGAGAUGAGUCGGUCGGUGAAUUCCGAUAGUGGAUCGGGAUUGGAGUCUAGAAUUGAUAUGGAUAAUGUGAGAUUAAAAACAAAUCCAUUGUUAAAUCUGGGUGCGGAUUUUUUAAAUGACGCUGGUCUAUCCGACGUAAGUGAACGUACGGAGGAGACCAUGGACUCUACAACAAGCAAUAGCCAGAAGUUUCAGAAAUUGAACACAAACGUAAUAUCGGCGAUGGUCCACAAUCGACGCAAGAAGCCUACGAGGCCAUCCAUAAGAUCAGGAACUCCUGAGAAGAUGCACGAGCGGUUCCAGAGACGCUCUGCAUCACCUGACACGUUCGAAAGAGCUCCACACUCCGAGUUGUCCAUUGUGGACUGCAGCAUGGAGGGAAAUGCCAACCAUCACUCCAUGUCGUCCUCUAACGCUGAGCCUGCUAUAAGAAGGAAGCUCUACUUCAAUCCAGUUUUUUUCGAAACUGAACAUUUAAAGAAUCCACCACCAGCUGCUAUUGAUUUUCUCGUGAAAAUACGAGAAGUCAUGUCCAUUGCAAAAGAGAAGAUGACAGCUAAGAGAUUCAUUCCGAUGCUGUCCGAUAUUCCUGAAGAAGAACUCUACCACACUAUUGAUCUGGGAUGGGACAUUCCGUGUGCUAGGAAAGGUCGUCGGUUUAGUGUUAUAAGUCUCAAACGCGAGAAUAGCCGGCGAUCCGGUCACUGCGGAGGCUGUCCAGGCUGCGACAGCAGUAGUACUAAGGAAAAGGAACCAAAAGUCACUCUGACUAGGUCUAAUUCUUGUAAAUCUUGCGUUAGCGAAGAUUAUAAACAAAGAAUUGUUCGAAAGUGGUUAGAUGAAGUACCCAUACCACAUCAACCUAAUAGACCAGCCGCUAAAUCUGUUGCCAAAGUAAGUGGCACCCCAAGAAUAGUGGAACCUAAGAAGAAAGAAGAUACCACACUGGUAAUUCCACCGGAACCUGCUAGGAGAGAUGAUAUUAAGCCCAUAAAACCAUUAACAACAGGCAAUACAAAAGAUUCACCAAAAAUAAUAACAGCAAUUAAAAAAUCACCGGAAAAUAUCAAACGAGAAGAAAUUAUAACUCCUGCAAAACUCAUAGAAAACUUGAAGAAACAGGAAAUAAUUAUUUCUCCAAAACUAUUGGAAAACGCCAAGAAAGAAGAAUUUAAAUUGGCAUCCAAACUAAUAGAAAGUAAAAUGCAGAAGUUACUGACAGCGUCUAAAACUCCAGAGAACAAUAAAAAACAGGAACACAAGUCAUCGCCCAAGUCUUCUGAAACCAUCAAAAACUCUGAUACAAAAUCAUCAACAAAACCUACAGAGAGCAAUAAAAAGACUGACAAUAAGUCUGUUUCAAAAAGUCCAGAUGAAAAUAAGAAGCCAGAGUUGAAAAAGCCAUUUGAAGACAAGAGGAAGUUAGAUAUUCAGGUUAUAACUAAUGAUAUUAUUGAUGAGAAACUUAAAGCAGUGCCAAUUGCCAUCGCUAAUAAAAAUAAUAAUAGCGUCGAUCACAACACUUCCCCUGAAAUGAAUAAAGUAAGUCCAAAGAACAUAAAUAAUGCAACACGGCGGGUGCGCAAGAAGUUGCCCCCACCUCCUCCACCUCCAGUAGAAACGCCACCUCCAGUUCAACUACUGGAAUUACCAAAAGAAAAACGGAAGGUUGAACCAGAUGUUAAAGUUAAGAUGGAAGCGGUUAUAAAAGAAUUAAACAAAUGUCGACGAACUGAGACUAACGUGCAUGAAGUAGUUAAAGCUGAGACUGCUAUACCUAUACCUGCGCCUAGGAUAGUGAUACCAGUUUUAGCAGCUGAUUCACACUAUUACAGUGACGAUAAUACUUUGUCCCGUAAUAUUGUAAGACAGCAUAGUUUCGUAGAUCUUGACAGUCUUGAAAGAAACAUGCUUAAGAAGAGACGCUUUUCAGUAGCAUGUGGUCCAGAAGUAGGUAAACAUGAAGAGAUUUAUAAACAACCUGUCAUUUAUAAUGAAAAAGAAAAAAAUACUCGCAGUUGGCGUGAUGUUCGACAAGCAAUUGAGGGAAAUACUAUGUCAAGUGAUAUUAACUCUUCAAGCUCUGAUUUUGGGAACCGUAGCUUACCUUUGAGCGAAGUAUUUAUCAAUAACACUAUAGAGCCAUUAUACGGUAACGUUGCCAUGCCAACACCCGGUCCCCUGACUAUACAAGUAAGGGGAUCUCCUGUAGAAAGCAGACGUAAUAUUGAUCAAUUUGAUCCAGACACUCUAGACCGCAAACCUAAAUCUGACAAUAAGAAACGUGUGGACAAAAUUCUUUUGAAAUCUGGAGGAAGCUUCAAGUAUAAUUCGUUUAUGGGUCCAAAUAUGAACGACCGUAAAAGUCCUCCGGAACCCUCGUUUACAAGAAAAAUAGGUAGUUUGCGACAGAUAUAUGAAGCCAAAGCCAAGGCUCAAGAAGAAGAAAUUCGUUACCACAGGGGUAUCUAUGAGAGACGACGAAGUGUUGUUUCUGCAUACGACAGCGAUGAUCUUGCUGCUUUUAUGAGAUCAGUUAAGACACCUGACUUGUUACGGCAAACUGAGCCACAGAAACCACCGGUGGCACCUAAACAACGUCGAGUUUCCGACAUAGUAAGCUAUUCUAAUCUUUCCCGUGAAAGUCCACCGAGAAGAUCCCCUGAAGAGAAGGAGCGUUUGGCCUACAACCGAAACGAAAACAUAAUAGCGAGACGCUCCGGCCGUCGGUCAAACCGCACGAGAUCUAGGAGGACGGAUUUGAGGAAACUGACAAGAACAGAAGACUCCGGUUAUUUGAGCACGGACUCUAAUGAAUCCAAACGUAGAGCCAGCUAUUUGAUGCAAUUGAAGCCACGAAUGACCCUCGAGCCGAUAAAGAUGAUGCCAUCCCCUGUAACGCAAAUACAGCGAGGGCUGCCACUUCUUCAGAUCGAGUCCGACACCGACGACAUGGAGUCUUUGUGUGACGGACGAAGUGAAUCCGGAGGAGAAAGUAUUGAAACUGACUCCGUAUUCUUUGGAAACUUUGAUGAAUCGAAACAAAUGCUAGAGGACUUAGAUCUGACAACGUUUGACCCUAAAGUCAAGCACAUACACCACGAAGAUCAAAUCGAUUCUGGAUUUAUGGGUGAAACAAACAUAAUUCUGAGCGGAGAUAGCGACUCGGAACAUAGAAGUGUCAUAUCUAUUAUAACUGGUAGUAACGGAAGGGCUUCAUCAGCCUCGAUUUCUAAAUUAGAUGAUUCGCGUUACAUGCAUUCAGUGGAAUGCUGAUAUCUUACAUAGUUUGCUUUGAUAUCUUAAGUAAGUAGUUAUAAGCUCGAUGUAACCAGUACUUGAAAGUAAUUUUCUUUAAGUACAUUACCGUGAAUUACCUCAUUUGUAAGUUUUGUACUUUAGAUCUUUGUACCCACCAUAAACGUAGGCAUCUUCUGCAAUUGUUUUAGUACCAAUUUUAAGCCUUGUUUGACCGUAUUUAUGUGUUAUUAAUUUGUUAUGUUACAUAUUCAUAAAAUAUUUAGUACAAUCUUAAUCUCUCUGAUGAUCGAUAUACAUGGGUAUUUAUUGUUUGUAAAUAGCUGAUAAUUCGUCGAGAUUAGGUAUGUUGUUUUAUAACCGGCCGGUUGUGCAAUUAAAAUUUUAUUGUUAAUUCGUUUCAUAUUAAACAGAUUCGGAUAUUCUUCGGAAGGGUGCUUGGUUAAUAUUAAGAGGCUCAAUAAUUUAUUCUAAUCUCUUAUUUUAUUAAACGUAGUAGAUUAACGUAUGUUUGGUUUAGUUAUAAGGGGUGUGAAAGCGAAGUUGUCAAUAUUGGUGUUGUUAUAUAUAGAAGUAAAUAUAUCAACGCAUGUGAAUUAUAUUAGAUUUACGAAUAAGUACUUAUUUGUUAAUAUUUUCUAAAUAAAAUACAUUUACUCGA